AUGGAAAUAUUACGGUGCAUGGGAUUUGGAUGAAAAGAAAGGGAAUUUCUAUGAGAUUCAUAAGUACAUUUGUAAGGAUCCCGUUUUGAAAUUUCCCCCCAAAAGUGCACCUUUAAUAAUUUUGUUUUAAUUUUUUAAGUUUGAGCAUUGCAGGGGUUUUAGUUUGCCGCAAUGCUCAAAUUAUCUCAAAAAGUAUUUUUUGGUUUAUGAAAAGGUUAUGAAAAUCUUGAAAAGAAACACGUGAAAGUCUCAAUUUAGAAACUUAUCUGUUCAAUUAAUUUAUUCUAACUUUUGUUCUGCGACCUUGUGUAUUCGAAAGAAACAUGGCAGAAAAUAGUGAAACACUUCUACAACUUGCCCAUCUCGGUUACAGCAUGCUCGCUCCAAUGGUGUUCACCGGAUACGUCAUUGACAAUGUGGAGGAAAGAAGAAGACUGGUGGAUCAUCGGGUGGUGGUGGAGCUAAAACUGGAGGAGGAGGAGGAGAUGGUGCAACCAGUGCAAAGAGUGAUAAGAAAGAAAAAUCAUCGAGUGCUCCAAACCCAGAGGGACCAAAGGCUCCAAGUGAUAAGAAUGCUGUCGCAGGGACACAUGAUCCAAAUUAUCAAACUCUUGCUGGAGUUGAUGGAAAUGUGUUCCAAGAGAAAGGAAAAGCUUCUCCUGUUGCUGCUGCUGGUGGAGCUUCUCCUGCUGCUGGUGCUCCAAAACCUGGAGGUCCUGGAAUGGCUGCCACCCACGACCCCAACUACCAAACACUUGCUGGAAUUGGAAACGAUUGUUUCGACAAGAAAGAAGGUGCAAAACCAGCUGGUGGUGGUGCGGCUCCAGGUGCUCCAAAAGCCGGUGGUCCUGGAAUGGCUGCUACUCAUGAUCCGAACUAUCAGACACUGGCUGGAAUUGGAAGCGAUUGCUUCCAGAAGAAGUGAUUUGUGUCAACUCGUGCAAAAUCGGUACAAUAACGAAAUUAUGUGACAAAUCAGCCUUUCAUCUCGUCCUUCAAAUAAAAUUUUUCAGUUGAAA